AUGGCGGACUCGUCGGCGCCGACGAGAGUGAUGAUGGCGGUGAACGAGUCGUCGCUCAAGGGGUACCUGCACCCCUCCAUCAGCUGCCGCACCGCCUUCGACUGGACGCUCUCCAAGCUCGUCCGCUCCAACCCCGGGGGCUUCCACUUCCUCUUCAUCCACGUUCAGGUCCUCGACGAGGACGGAUUUGAUGACAUGGAUAGCAUCUAUGCUUCGCCGGAGGACUUCCACCAAAUGAAGCAGAGAGACAAGAUAAGAGGGCUUCAUUUGCUUGAGUACUUUGUAAACCAAUGCCAUCAAUUAGGGAUAAAAUGCGAGGCAUGGAUCAGGCAUGGGGAUCCAAAGGAGGUUAUCUGCAGCGAAGUGAAGAGAGUCCAGCCUGACCUUCUAGUUGUGGGAAGUAGGGGCCUUGGGCCAUUUCAGAGGGUUUUCGUGGGCACGGUGAGCGAGUUCUGCGUUAAGCAUGCUGAAUGCCCCGUCAUCACCAUAAAACGGAAUGCUACUGAAGCUCCUCAGGACCCUGUCGACGAUUGA